AUGGUGCGACAUGCAGUUGGUGUUGGAAUGAGUGUCAUGAUAGUUCUCUUGUUGGUUAUUGUUGUGAUGAUCAAUGUGAUGGUCGAGGCUCAGAAUAUUGAUCACUUGUUUCCGUUGAUUGAAUCAUUGAAGGAAGAAGAUGAAUUAGACUUGAGAGGAAUGAAAUACAACGAAACACAACCUAUUGUUAAAAAUCCAAGUGAAUUUACUGGAUAUCGUGUUGGUUUGAUUGCUUCUCAUUGUUUUGAAGAAUGCGAAUUGACCUUCCCUUAUCUCUAUUUUGCUGCUCGUAAUGCCACAUUGGAUGUUAUUGGACCAUGGUGGGUAAAGGAUGGAAAAAUUGCUAGUUGUGAAUUUGUUAGAGUAACCAGAUAUGCCAAGAGGAGCUUUGAUUUCAAACAAGCUCUCUCUCAAAAGUAUGACGCCUUGAUUGUGGUGGGUGGAAUAUGGUCUUCAACUGUUGUCAGAAAUGAUGGAGAUGCUAUGGAAUUGAUUAGACAACAAGCUGCUAGUGGAAGAUUAUUGGCUACUGUUUGUUCUGGAUCUACAGUUUUGAUUAAUGCAAAAUUGAUUAAACCUGGAAUGCAAUUGACUGGUAGUCCUUCCAUUGCUAUUGAUUUGGAAAAUGCAGGUGCCAAGUAUUUGGAUGUUCCAGUGGUGAAAAGUACUACCAAUUUAAUUACUGGUCGUUCUCCAGGUGGUUUGGAUAAUUUACUUUUCACUGAGGAAAUUGCCAAGCAUUUGAAAGCUCAAAAGAAAUUGAACAAAUUGCUCAAACAAUUUAACAAGCUCUUGAAUAAGCAAAAUUAA